CCUUUCCCUAUCCCGCACCUCUCGUCUCUCUUCUCCGCCUUUCUCCUUGUCCUCCUCCUCCCGCAUCACCCCGUCCUCCCCAUCCUUAUCCCUUUGCUCACUCGCCCCUCCUCUUCUCCCCUCCCCCAUCCUUCUUCCGUUAACCCAACCCCCGCCACCCAGUUUCAGUCAUGCCGUCCAGCCCUCCCAAUUCCCCCCCUCCCAAUCCCGCAUCGCCUCGUGGUCAGUCGUCCGCCAACCCGGCUGAGAUCCUCACCCUCCGCGCACUCGUCAGCACCAAGGAUGCCGGUAUCAUCAUUGGCAAAGCUGGUAGGAACGUCGCAGAUCUGCGCGAGUCCACGGGUGUGAAGGCCGGUGUUAGCAAGGUCGUUCCUGGCGUUCACGAACGCGUUUUGAGUGUCACUGGUCCUGUCGAAGCUGUUGCAAAGGCGUACACUCUCAUCGCGUCUCAGCUCCUCUCUCCACCUGCUCCUCCCUCUCCUCCCCAGACCCCUCCUCCCUCUCCUCCCAACCAGGCUAGCACUCUUACCCUCCGCCUGCUCAUUUCCCACAAUUUGAUGGGCACUCUCAUUGGCCGUUCGGGUCUCAAAAUCAAGUCUAUUCAAGACGCCUCCGGCGUGCGCAUGGUUGCUGCGAAAGAAAUGUUGCCGCAAUCUACCGAACGCGUUGUUGAGGUCAUCGGAGAUGCUGAGUCUAUCGGUCGAGCCGUUGAGGAGGUUGGCCGCUGCCUUGUCGAGGAUUGGGAACGCGGUGUUGGCACUGUCCUGUAUCACCCUGGCGCCGCUGUUGAUCCUUCUCUCGCUAUGCAGCAUGGCGCUAGUCAUGUCUCCCCCCGUCGUACCAAUGGACAAGCUCCAGCCUUCGGUACCAGUGGUCGUCGUCAGUCUAUCGGCCAGCAGACUUCUUUACCUGCGGCGGCUGCGUCUGUUCUCGCGCCAGCCUCCCCUACUUCGAAUGCGGGAAAUCAGCCUAUCCGAACCCAAAACAUCUCCAUCCCUUCUGACAUGGUCGGCUGCAUCAUUGGACGUGGUGGAGCCAAGAUAACGGAGAUUCGUCGUCUGAGUGGUAGCAAGAUCAGCAUUGCAAAGCAACCUCACGAUGAAACUGGCGAACGUAUGUUCACGAUCACUGGAACCGGUGAGAGUAACGAAAAGGCGCUCUUCCUUCUCUACAAUCAGUUGGAAGGAGAGAAGGAGCGUCGCGUUGGCCGCGAAGCGAUGAUUGCCGCUGCCGAGUAGAUACACAUUCCCACGGUCCAUGUGCAUUGGUGCCCAGCGCUUUAUUGCUGCUUCGGGCCCAAGUACCUGUUGAUUCCCGAAACUCUAUUUCCCCCCUCAACACUCCUGCCUUCGUCCACCGUGCUUUCCGCCUGCGUACGCCGCGCCUGCCUUCUUUCCUUGUCUACUUCUCUCGCUAUCACGUAUUGCCUCUUCUCCGUUAUUCCUACAUCCGACUGGGUCCAGGUUUGAAGGCCCAUCCUGUCUGUCCACGGCACGGUGCUAUCAUUACUUCUUAGUAUUGCACGUUGAGAUGUCGCAGAACGUCUCAGAUUGAUAAAUGACAUGUACAGUGCCAUCACGGUCUCUGAAUCGAUGCUAAG